CAGAAAGACUAUAGUGUGGCAUACCACCCGCUCUUACUUCAAGCACAGUUCAGCGGCGGCUGUGCGUGUUUCAGCACGUGCUGGAAGAUCCACCCUUGGCUCUUUCUUGGGGAAUGCGCUUCUUUUGACAACUUGUUUGAUAUGGUUUGAGAGGACGACACGGACUGCAGGUUAAACCGUAGCAUUCGUAGCAGUUUCUACUAUAUUCUAAAGAAGGGGACACACAUUUUGCAACCUAUGCAAAUCGGAUGAAUCUUGGUAGGCUAAACACAGGAAUUGAGUUUAUGCGCGCGCGUUCCUAAAAAAAAAAAAGGGGGACUGACUGGAUUGAAAUGACCAUGUCCGAGGAGAAGAGUUCGGGGUCCGGGGGGAAAGAGGAAGAGAGCGAGGAUGAGAGUGAAAUCUUGGAAGAAAGCCCCUGCGGCCGCUGGCAGAAGCGAAAGGAGCAGGUGAGUCAGGGGAAUGUCCCGGGCAUCGAGACUGCCUCACUGGCCAUGGACACAGAGGAGGGGGUGGAGGUGGUGUGGAACGAAGUACAGUUCUCCGAUAAGAAGGUCUUCAAAUCCCACGAGGAUCGAAUGAGGGAGAUGUUUGAGAGCCUGAUGCAUGUAGAUCACCCCAACAUUGUCAAGUUCCAUAAGUACUGGCUGGACACCAGGGAGAGUCGGGCAAGGGUGAUCUUCAUCACAGAGUACAUGUCAUCAGGCAGUCUGAAGCAGUUCUUAAAGAAAACCAAGAAAAACCACAAGACCAUGAAUGUCAAGGCAUGGAAGCGAUGGUGCACUCAGAUCCUGUCAGCUCUGAGUUACCUGCAUUCCUGCCACCCGCCCAUAGUCCAUGGCAACUUGACGUGUGACACCAUCUUUAUCCAGCACAACGGACUCAUCAAGAUCGGCUCGGUGUGGCAUAGGCUGUUUGUCAAUGUUUUCCCAGAGGCGAUCUACGGAAAUGUGCAGCAUCAUCGGGAUGAUGAAACAAACCAGCACUAUUUUGCUCCCGAAUACGGCUUGGCUGAGGAUGUUUGCUCUAUUGACAUCUUUGCCUUUGGCAUAUGUACCCUGGAGAUGGCAGUGUUGGAGAUCCAGGCCAACGGGGACACUGUGGUAUCCAAGGAGGCUAUAACCCAUGCUGCCCAGUCAUUAGAGGACCCGCUCAUAAAGGAGUUCACCCAGUCGUGUGUACGCAUGGAUGCCAAAAAGAGACCCACGGCCCACGACCUGCUGUUUCACAGGGUUCUGUUUGAGGUGCACUCUCUCAAGCUGCUGGCUGCCCAUUGCUUUAUCAACUAUCAGUAUCAGCUUCAUGAUAACUGCCUAGAAGAGAAGACCAGGACUUUCGACCCCAAUGGUGUGAUGGCUGAGAUCAAGCAUGGGGACCGGCCCGGGGUGGAGAUCAAGUACUCUAAUGUUUCCCCGCUAGAACUGGACAAAUUCCUGGAAGACGUCAAGAAUGGGAUCUAUCCCUUGAUGAACUUCCAGCGGGGCCUCACCAUGCCCCGGACCCUGUCCAUCUUCCAGGAGCGCAUGGAGACGGUGAAGACUCCUAGCCCAGAGCCCCAGGAGAUGGAGACCAGAAAGGUUGUCCAAAUGCAUUGUAACUUAGAGUUCGCUGAUGAAGGUACCAGAAGUCAUCUCUCUCUCCUCCUGAAGAUGGACGACAAGCUCCAACGCCAGCUAAACUGUGAUGUGCUGCCCACUGACAGCGCCAAAGACCUGGCUAGUGAGCUGGUUUACUUCGCCUUCAUCAGUGAGGAGGACUGUGAGAAGCUGGCAGGCUUUCUGGAAGACGCCCUGUGUAAGCAUUGGUCCAGGCCGCCACUGGAGGAGUCUUCCCCGGCAUAGUGACGACGUACCGAGACACCUGCUGCUGCCCCGAAGGGGGAUCUGGAGCCUGGACCCUGGGAAAUUAGUGGGGGAACUUUAAGAGGGUCAAAAUGAAAUAUGAAAUGCCAGACUUAAGUCUGGGCAUAAUUUCUUUUUUUUUUUUUUUUUUUUUUGGUGCUGCUUGUAAGGGAAGACAACCAAGUCAGAGCUUCAGUCUGUGUGGCAGAUGUAAAGCAUCAAGAAAGGCUGUCUCAAAACAGAAGUGAUCUCUCUUUCUACUAAACAGAAGUGCCAACCAACUCAAGCCAGAUAACACUACGCUAGGAGAGCUACUAUGUUUGGUCACUUCAAUGCCUCAGUCUCUCAGCACAGAUGAUGUCAAUGGCCUUGUUUAGAAUAUCUAUUGAAAGAGUAUAGCAAGAGAGAAUAAGCAAUACGAGGAACAUGAAGGUCUUCAACAUUACUGCUGCAUUAAGGAGGCCUUUUACUGUCUCAAAAUGCCAAUAAUUUUUUUUUACAAUUUUGUCCAUAUUUGUUAACGUGUCCUUUAAUAAUAACCCAAUGGGCUCCAUUUUACAUACGCAGCGCAGCAUUGGCAGUGACCCCAUAAAAAAAUAUAUAUAUAUAAAACUCGCAAUACCAUGCAGGGUGAGGGUAGGGCAGACACGUUGAGAUUUUGUGUCGGAAGAUUCCGGAUUGAGCCAAUGGUUUUUCAGUGGUAGGCUUCCUCUGCAGGAUGAAUGAGAACUUAGAUGAUUGUCCGGCAAAAAAAAAAAACGCACAAUAUGUUCGCCUUGUACAUAUGCAUCUCGUCCCAAAAAGUAGGGAUUAGUUAUAUUUAUGAUAGACAAAAACGGACAAGGAUGUACGGCCUAUACAUUUUAUCCGUGUUCAUGCGUCUCUGUUAGGGUUGAAUAUUUUCCCGGUAUUUUACAAAUGUUCCAAUCCUGAGAAUAAAUCACUUUUCUCCCGGGUAACCC